AUCCCUAGAUUAAUCUGAUGCUGUGUUUAGUUUGUGCACCACUGCAACAUAUUCACAAUUUGCACAAAACGUUUUUUAAAGUAGAACUGGACAGAUUUAGUGCUGCUGCGAGUGUGCAGUGUUUGGGUUUGACUGUGAGGAAGCAGUGUGGUCGGAGUGUCGGCUCAGAGCUGAAACACUUCCUCGUCCUUAUUUACUCGCAUCACACCGACCUGCAGCGAACAUCAAUAGCUCACAAUCCACCUCAGAGCAGACUGACCUCACAUGUAAGACACUGACUCCAUAUUGUCUUAUCCAGCCUUUUUCUUAUAAGACUUUUAUCUCACUUAAAUUAUAAGUGGGAAUUUUGUGUGUGACGUUAAGAAGCACAGGUGGAAUGUAAAUAUCUGAUGACUUUGAUUUCGAGUGUAUAGCUGGUUUUCCUCCUGAGUGAGUGAUGCCUCGUUCUUUCUUGGUGAAGCGCGGAGGGCUGCACCACCUUCGGCCCGCAGCGAGAAGCCCCGGCCCUGGAUCGACCCCGGUAACGUUUAGCCAGCUAGGAAAAAAGACGGGGUCCUGUUAUACAUCCCUGGAGUACUCCACAGCAGAAACACCACAUAAUAACACAGUGCCCAUCUCAUUAUUGCAGCAGGACCUUCAGGCUGCCAAACACUCCGAUGGAAGUGGGCACCUUCAGCCAUUCAGUCGCAAAUCAUAUGUUUGUAGAUCUGCUGAGCCCUGCAGUCCUGUCAACCCAAGUACUUGCAGCCCCGUGGAGAAAGUCGAAUCUCGUCCUCCUACACCAGCAGUAUGGUCCAGACCUCAUGUGAGCUCAGGAUAUGCAGACAAACUGUCUGUGGGACUGGAAGACUUGACUCAGCACCCUCGCAUCAUGAGGGAGACCAGGAGCAGUGGCUGCUUGAAGAUCAGUGGUCCUAAACAAGAGUGUCCACUCUGUAGCAAAAUAUUUUCAUGUCUGUCCAGUUUGAAGACUCAUGUAUGCAAGAGUCAUGGAAGCACAGCACCUCUGUCACCAGCACACAUCAAGUCCAGCAGGAAAGAUACUGAGCGGUCACCACACAUGGGCAAGGAAAGGACAUUUGGCUGCACAGUGUGUGGAAAAGUGUUCAAGCGCUCCUCCACCCUCUCCACUCAUCUGCUCAUACACUCAGACACCCGGCCCUACCCGUGCCAGUACUGUGGCAAAAGGUUCCACCAGAAGUCCGACAUGAAGAAACACACUUUCAUACACACCGGGGAGAAGCCCCAUGUGUGUCAGAUAUGUGGGAAGGCAUUCAGCCAGAGCUCCAACCUCAUCACCCACAGCCGUAAACACAGGGACGACCGUCCCUACCACUGUACUCGCUGCCUCUACGGCUUCCAGCACAAAGUGGACCUGCGGCAGCACCAGGAGCACCACUGCACCUACCGCUGACUCUGACACAGCCGAGCCAACAUCUUCUUCAGCCUUUUACCAGCGGAAACACAUUGAGCACAGAAAGCUACUGACUGUGUUGUUGUUAUGAUGAAGUCAAAUCUUAAAUCCAAAGCUAUAGCAGUUUAUAUUUUAGACUUAACUGUCUUUUAGGACACUGAGGGAACAAAUAUACUGUUCUUACUCUGCUCACAGGUUUCCAACACAGUAAUACGAUUAUUUCAGGAACCUUGCAGCAAAACAAAAGUUGGAAGUCAUGGUUACCUUGAAUCUAUGGUGUACUUGUUCAGUUGUAAAAAUCCAAAUAGUACUUACUAUUCUGAGUUACCCUCAUGUUAAAUACAUUCUUUUAUAUUUAUAUACAAGGUCUAUGCAAGGAAUUAGGGAAAUGCUGUUUAUUUCCCCACAUGAUUUGUCCAUAUUCUCUGCAGAUCUGUGAUCAUGUGAGGGCAGAACUCCUUUCCCUCUACAGUACGCAGAUUUAACAUUGGAGAAAUGUAGCUUUGACACAGACUGGUGACACUACACGAUUUCUAUACAUCUCUCACUUUGAAAGCAGUUGAAAUGUGUUGAGUAAAUUAUCUAAAUCCAGAAGCUGCCUCAACAGCAGUGCAGUUAAGUACACAAGGCUACAGUGAAUAUUACUUUUCUCCUUACUUUUCUGCAAAUGAUCACAGCGAGAGUGAAUCUGAACCCAAUAAACACAGAUUUCAUUAGUG